AGGAAAACACAAUGAGCUGCAUAUUGCGUUCAACAAGAACAGGAGGCCAGACACAAACGUAUUUAUAAGGAGAGAGAGAGAGAGAAAUAAUUGCAUUUUCUAAACCCCAAUUUCCAAUCUCAAUUUCAAUUUCAAUUUCCUGCAACAAUGGUGUUGCGCAAUCCAAUGACAACGGCGAUGCUCCUCAUCGCCGCAAUAACCCUAGCUAUGGCGGAAGAAACUCCGCACCCCAAAUCGGUGCAGCUGGUGACGUUUUACGACAUCCUCCGCUCCCACGGCCUCCCCAUCGGCAUAUUCCCCAAAAGCAUCUCCGGUUUCUCCGUCGACCCUGCAUCCGGCGGCUUCCGCCUCCGCUUGCCGUCUCCUUCGCCGUGCGACACCGUGUUCGAGACCCGCCUCCGGUAUGAAUGCGACAUCACCGGACGCAUCAGAUACGGGAGGAUUUCUAAUUUGACGGGCGUUUUGGCUCAGGAGCUGUUUCUAUGGCUCCCGGUGAGGGGAAUUCAGGUCGAUAUUCCGAGCUCCGGGUUGAUUUACUUCGACGUGGAGGUGGUUUCGAAGCAGUUCUCCCUAUCGCUCUUCGAUACGCUCAAGGAUUGUAGUUCUGCGGAGGAUGUCGAUGGUUAUGGUGAUCUGCUGAAAGUUCCUCAGGUUCCAUCCGAAAACAUCAUGAGGACGCAUUCUACGGACCAGGAAAACAGAGCUGCCUCGUAAAUGGUGGUGCAUUACGCUCGGUUGCUCGCCUUAGGUUCCUCAAAACUGUAGGGCAAGGCUGUAUAGUUGUAAAGGGCAGGGGAGAGAACAGGCUGAUGAUAUAUGUGUAUAUUCCACUUUGUGUGUGUGUGAAGUGUAAUAGUUUCUUGAUAAGCAGUUCUUCCCCUGUGACAAAAGGUGUUUGUGUUGUUUGGAGUUGUGUAAAUUAAUGAAAUGUGUAUUUUGUUACCUUU